AUGAAGACAAAGUCUUUUGUUUUUGCUUUCUUUCUUUGUGCACUAAUUUUUAUCUCUGUUGUGGCAAUUGAGUCAUCCAAAGAGGAUGAGAAACAACCUGGUGCAUUUGAAAAUUCCAAAAUAAAACUUGGGGUAAAUCAUGAUAGACGCUUAAGAGAAGGUAGACAUGGUGGAAAGCUGCAAAAAAGACAUUCUAGUGAAGAUUUGCAGUUUUGGAUAAAUGGAGGUGGAUGGGGAGGUUCAAUUGAAAGCGGCGGUAUUAAAGGUUCGAUAAAUAUUGGAGGAGUUCAAGAUGGAGGUGAAAACAUUGAACUUGGAGGACAAGAAAAGGGAAGAAAUGAAGUAAGUUUGAUAGGAAAAGAAACCAAAGAAACCAAUGGAUUUGAAGGAAAAGAAGUAGAAAAUGAAAAUUUGGAGGGCCUUAGGACCGUCCACAAAAGCUAA